AUUCUGGUGUUCUAACAAGAGAAGGCUGCUCUCUGAAUUAUGGCUCAGGAAGGUGGACCUUCCUUCCUCCUCUGCCUCUUCAUAUCUGUCCUCCUGCUAUCAUCUCUGUGUGGCUGUCACCCUCGCUCUCCCGGGUCCAUUGGGUCAGGGGCUGCAGCCGGGACUGUAUCCAAUCAUACAGCAGGGAAAGUCUCAAAAAUAGCUGCAGAGGUAGCGGGCUAUGCUGAUGUGGCCAAACAGAUUAUUGACCUGGCUGUGUUUGGAGCUGCCCAGAACCGCUCUCACAGACGGCUGGCCGACUUCACCGACACCAUAGGGAACCGUGUCAGUGGCUCACAAAACCUGGAGAUGGCUAUCAAGUACAUGUACAAUGCUAUGGCACAGGAUGGGUUGGACGUACAUUUAGAGCCAGUCAAAAUCCCACACUGGGUGAGAGGGAAGGAGAGUGCAGAAAUGAUUGCACCCAGGGACAAAAGUCUGGCUAUACUUGGACUGGGUAGCAGUGUAGGGACACCACCUGAGGGUAUCGAGGCAGAGGUGUUAGUGGUUCAGUCAUUUGAGGAGCUGAAGCAUAGAGCCAGUGAGGCCGUAGGGAGGAUUGUGGUCUUUAAUCAACCAUUUGUUAGCUACGGGGAAACAGUGGCUUACCGUGCUUAUGGGGCCUCUGAAGCAGCCAAAGUGGGAGCUGUGGCCACACUCAUUCGAUCUAUUACUCCAUUCUCUAUUAACAGUCCUCACACAGGUUUGCAGGACUACCAAGAUGGAGUGAAGCGCAUCCCUUCAGCAUGUAUCACUGUGGAGGAUGCUGAGCUUAUGUGGCGCAUGGCACAGAGAGGGCAGAGGAUCUUGGUCAGACUCACAAUGGGAGCCAAGACUCUACCAGAUGCGGACUCCUUCAACACAGUGGCUGAGAUAAGAGGCUGGCAACACCCUGAGCAGGUCGUCUUACUGAGCGGCCAUUUGGACAGUUGGGAUGUGGGCCAAGGUGCCAUGGAUGAUGGAGGUGGUGCCAUGAUUUCCUGGGAGGCCCUGUCACUCAUCAAAGACUUGGGUCUGCGUCCAAGGAGAACCCUGCGGACAGUGCUGUGGACAGCUGAGGAGCAAGGGGGAGUCGGAGCACAGCAGUACUAUAAUCUGCACAAGGUGAACAUGUCAAACUUUGACCUGGUCAUGGAGUCUGACUUGGGGACAUUUACCCCAGUGGGUCUGCAGUUUACUGGCAGUGAUGCAGCACGAAAGAUCAUGACAGAAGUGGUCAAACUGUUGGCUCCCAUUAAUACGACUAAACUGGAGAUGCACGGAGAAGGUACAGACAUCUCACCGUGGAUGCAGGCAGGAGUACCAGGUGCUAGCCUCCAUGUGGCAGACAGUCGAUACUUCUGGUUCCACCACAGUGAAGGUGAUACCAUGACGGUUCAAGACCCUCAAGAAAUGAACCUCUGCUCAGCAUUGUGGGCCGUGGUUGCCUAUGUCGUUGCAGACCUACAGGACAUGUUGCCCAGAUAGCACGUUGGAACACAAAAUGCUGAGUGAGCAGGAAACAGGAUGAUCACUGUUAAGUGGACCAGUUGAUUCAAAAACAUACGGUCAAAUCCAACUUUUUUUUUAAAGAACAAUUUUAGAUCGAAUGGCCUGAUUUAAGAAAUCAUUGUUUACAUAUUGAAUGUGAAUAAUCCUUGGAUAAACAAGUGAAUCUGAGUGAGGAUUAAAAAGAGAUCAGCUACUCUCUGUGUUUAAUGACCACUAUAAGUUACAUGAAUAUGUGUUAGAUGAAUAAUAGUAAAUCAAACAUAAAUCAAUUUUACAAUAAAAGUAAAACAUGGUUAUAGUAAUCACAAAAAUAAAUACAUUUUUGGAAAAAAGACCCAAUAUAUAUAUAUAUAUAUAUAAAAUGUUGUAUCUUACUGCUGUCUCAUGAUUAUCUUGAAUGUAAGGCAAACUAAAGUCCAACGAUAUGUCAUGUAAAGGUUUGAAAACCCAAAGCUUCACAAUAUAUUCUUAUAUGAUCAUGCUCUAUAGUGAUUUUACUGUUUUUUUAGCAGAGAAUAGAUGGGAAAUGGGAAAUAAUUUCAUUUUUUUCAAGUAAUAAGCUGCUUUUCAAAUGCUUGUGUACUGACCGAGACAAGACUAAGAAAAUAAGAAUAAAGGACUUGCUCAGUUA